AUGCGCCGCAGAGACAACUUUGAAGCCGCCGUUGCGGGCCUCGAGAACGCCCGCUAUGCGCUCGCCUUCUCCUCCGGCUCUGCCACCACCGCCAACAUCCUCCAGUCGCUCGCCGGCGGCUCCCACGUCGUCUCCAUCUCGGACGUCUACGGCGGCACCCACAGAUACUUCACCAAGGUCGCGGCCGCCCACGGCGUCGAGGUCACCUUCACGCCCACCAUCGAGACCGACGUGGCCAAGCUGAUCCGCCCCAACGAGACCAGGCUCAUCUGGAUCGAGUCCCCGUCCAACCCGACCCUGGGCCUCGUGGACAUCCGCGCCGUUGCGACCAUUGCUCACCAGCACGGCAUCCAGGUUGUGGUGGACAAUACCUUCCUGAGCCCCUAUAUCCAGAACCCGCUCGACCAUGGAGCCGACAUCGUCAUCCACUCCGUCACCAAAUACAUCAACGGCCACUCGGACGUCCUCAUGGGUGUUGCCGCUUUCAACUCCGACGAGAUCAAGACCAGACUGACCUUCCUCCAAAACGCCAUUGGUGCCGUCCCCUCUGCCUUUGACUGCUGGCUGGCCCACCGCGGUCUCAAGACCCUCCAUCUCCGCGCCAGAGAGGCCACCACAAACGCAACCCUGAUUGCCCGUGCCCUCGAGGCCUCCCCUCACGUUCAGGCCGUCAACUACCCCGGCAUCGACUCCCACCCACACCGCAAGAUCGCCCUCAAGCAGCACCGCAACGGCAUGGGCGGUGGCAUGCUCAGCUUCCGCAUCAAGGGAGGCCGCGAAGCCGCCGAACGCUUCUGCCAGUCCACCCAGCUCUUCGUCCUAGCCGAAUCCCUCGGCGGUGUCGAGUCUCUCGUCGAGGUCCCCGGCUCCAUGACCCACGCCGGCAUCCCCAAGGAACAGCGUGAGAUUGCCGGUGUCUUCGACGACCUGAUCCGUCUCAGCUGCGGAAUCGAAGACGGCGAGGACCUCAAGGCCGACGUCCUCCAGGCCCUCGAGAAGGCCCUCGUUGCUCCCAAAAUUAACAACGGAAACGGCACCAACGGCGCUUAA